GCAUUAACAGAUCUUACAAAUGAAUCAGAUUCAGGUAUAAAACCAGCACUAGGAAAUACAUGGUCGCAUGCUGUAAACACAAGGUUGAUGAUGGAUUAUUGUGACAUUAAUCCCGUUAUAAUGCUCGUAAAUCCUGGUGUUCCAAGGAAUCUCAGGAAAAUAAGAGUCGAAAAGUCACCAAUCGGCGCACGAAAUACUUUUUAUUUCACUAUUGAGAGAAAAGGGAUUGUAAAUUUUGACUUGAAAUAUGUAAUAGACAAGAUGAGAAAUUGUAAUCAGGAUCGAACUUCAGAUAUAAAAAGGUUAAAGAUUGAUGAAAAUGA